ACGCUCUACAAUGUUUGCGCGAUCGCAUUCGACUGCUGGCUGACUCUCGAAAAGCCACUCGGCAUACUUCGACGCCGGAAGCACAUCGCGAAGGUGAUGAUCAUCUCCAUAUGGCUGUUCCCGCUAGCUUUCUGGUCCAUAACCAUUGUAGUGCUGCGUGUGUUCAGCGGCGACUUGGUUUCUUCUGCGCACUCAUGCAACGUCAACUGGAAACCGAAAUUUCUUGUCUUCAUCGUCAUGUCCGUUCUGUUCUACUUGCCGGUACUGAUCGACUUCUACGCUUUCAUGAAGCCAUCAGCCAAUAAUUGCCGUUGCGCUAAGUGGAUGUACGCCAAAAAGACGAUCGAGCUCGAAUCAACACCGUUUAAGCAACAGCUACUGCCGGUCGACUCGACCGCCGGAAAGGCGAAGUUCGAAAUUUGUUGCACUGACGACGAAGAACUAGUUGACAGUCAAGAAAAUGCUUCCUCGGCAAAGUGUCACAGGGGAGGCUCGUAUUUAAACAAGCGCAGCUACAGCUGUGUGGAACUAACUCAUUUACGACAGUCGAUUCCGUCGAAAUGCAACAACAUACUGCUGUCGUAUAAGGAGAGUGUUACGGCUUUGUCAGAGUUUCUGAAUAGAAAAAUUAAGUGUCAGAUGAAAGCAACCCGAGCGGUCGGUGUUAUUCUACUCAUCUUCCUUCUCACAUGGCUUCCUAUUUUGAUCGUGUGGCCACUGAAAGUCUACUGCAACGAUUGCAUAUCAAACAGUGUUUUUCGCUGGGCGACGUGGAUGAAUUAUAUCAACUCUGCCAUUAAUCCGUUGAUAUAUUCGUGGAACUGUCCUCGCUUUCAGAGAGUGUUUAAGGAGAAAAUCUGCACCAAGAUAAAAUGCCUAUGA